AUGAGUCUUGUUUUAGCCAAACCUAUCACGGAAGGACAAACGAUGAACAAAUCCUCUCUACUAACCAUUCAGGAGAGAGUUCCUGAAGAGUGGCUGAAAGAAAAAAAAGAUGAGUCAAAGAACAUUUCUCAAGUAUCUCAAAUUUGGCUGAAAAAUGGGACAAGAUUUCCAAAGACUACCAUUCCUAUACAACGAAGCACAAUCGAUGACAGUAUGAAAAAUAAGCAACACUAUUCUUAUCGUAAGCCUCAAGUGCCUAAUAGCAUCAUCGAGCAUGCAUUAGCUAUUUAUGCUGCACCAAGACAAAUAUUUGGGGCAGAGGCAACAAUAAACGUGUGGAACCCAUUAGUUGAGGAGCAGUAUGAGUUUAGCCUUGCUCAAAUUUCAAUAAAAUUUGGAAUGGACAGAAAUACUUUUACUAUUGAAGCUGGAUGGCAUGUCCUCCCAUCUCUUUAUGGUGAUACAAAAACAAGACUUUAUAUUUAUUGGACUAGAGAUGUAGGGGAAGCGGGGUGCUACAAUUAUUUUUGUGAAGGAUUCGAAAUGCACUCAGAGAUGUUGGGAUCUCCACUUACUUUAUCUUCUUUAGACAAUGAUCAAUCUCAUAUAACUAUACUAAUAAAAAGGGAUUUGCUAGCACAUUGGUGGUUGAAAAUUGAUGGAAGGCAUAUAGGUUACUGGCCAAGAUACACCUUCCAUCAUUUGAAGGAUGCCGGCAGCCGUGUGGAGUGGGGUGGCAAGGUGUCUAACACAAGACCCCACAACAGGCAUACAAAAACAGGGAUGGGGAGCGGGCGCUCUGCGGGAGAAGGAUUUGGAAAAGCAAGUUAUUUUUACAACCUACAAGUCGAGGAGACUGGGGAUUUGAAGCCAAUUCCUUCCGAAAGUCUUUUCCUACAGAUGACAAAUGAGAAUUGUUACGACAUCAGGCUUGCUCAAAGAAAUUCCCCUGGAAGUGACUUUUUCUUUGGAGGCCAAGGCUUCAGUAGUUAUAACCAGAUUCUUAUUGGUUAUAAUCAGAUUCUUAUUGCACUAGAAGACCACAAGAAGACUAACUUCACAUGCCCAUUCAGUACAUUUGCAUAUAGGAGGAUACCUUUCAGAUUGUGCAAUGUGGCAGCUAGUUUUUCAACGUUGUAUGAUGACAACUUUUCUGAAAUGAGACUGAAUAAUUGA